AUGAUGCUUGAAGAUCAUUUAGCUCUCGGGCUUAUCAUAUAUCGACCUUCCUUUACUAGAGUCAUCAGGCUGUUUACCUUAUUCCCCCCACCUCUGUGAGUGAACAAAACCAUUAGAAAAAUCCGUAUUUUUUGCCCAAAAACUCAAUCGUGAGUGAACACAAAUUUUUUUAAUAGAAAAAUUUUUUAUGGAAAAAAAUUUUGAUAUAUUAAUGAUAAUUAGUAUAAUAAAAUCUAGAGCCAAUUCUGUUUAAUUUUAAACGAAUUGCUUUUUAAAACAUAAAUUUUAUAAAUUAAAUUAAUAUUUGCUUUCCAGUUUUUGCGAAUUAGGAUUUUUUUAAAUUUCGAAAAAAAAAUUAGCCCCCAUCCGUGAGUGAACAAAAUUUUUUUGUUCACUCACGGAGGGGGGGAGUUAGUGGUAAUUAUUAUUUUUGAGUUGCUGCUUGAAGGAUUGCUGCUCUUUGGAUCUGAAAAUAUUAGUGCAAGAACAGAAAUAGAAAUUGAGACCUUUUCUGAUGGUUAUGAGGCUAUAUAG